AUGAAGUUUCUCGCGGGCCUGGCAGUAGCUGCCUCCCUGGUCAGCUCUGCCCUCGCCGUCGACUCCAAAGACGCUGCUCCCGUCUACAUUCUCCGGAAGCAGAACGCUGCCGCCACCGCCAACUCGCCAGCAGAGCCGCCCCAGGUUCCCCGUCAGAUCUUUCGUCAGGUUCUCCUGCAGCGGUUACAGCUUGAAGAGGGCAGCGGCUUUCUCAACGAGCUUCCCACGGGCUACGAUGCCGAAGCCACACUCGACUUGAUCAGCCAAUACGGCCUCCCGACCCCCCCUCUCUUUUCCGAACACAAGGUAUCGCCCCCCCAGGUGGUCAUCCUGUUUGAGCGCGUCAAGGCCCAGCACGUCACCAGGCUACAGGCGGCACUUCCGGCAGCCUAUCGCCAGCCCAGCUUCGUCAUUGCCGACCCACCCUCCCAGAAGGCCAACGAGCACCUCAUCAACGAGCUGAAACAGGCCGGCAUGCGCGUCAAGCUCAGCAACGUGAUGUCUGAGAUCAGCUCCUUACCGGGACGGUACAAACUGAGCGAACGGGCCCAUGUUGGCCUUUAUGACUUGUCAGACGCCGAUGAAAUUCUCAUUUUGGAGCAGAGCAUGAACCAGCUCAUUUCCGACGUCGAGUCUGGAGCGGUCGAAGUCACCCUCGUGUUGCUGCCAGAGUCCAGCCGCAAGUCGAAGCUCAAGCACUGGACGAACACGGCUCCACGCACAAAGCUGGCCCUUUCCGACGAGUUGCGGGAGCUGCGAGAGAAGCAAGUCCGCGAGGCCAUCAAGUUCCGGGCUAGCGCGAUCGAGGAGCGCGAAGCCCAGUCGGAGUCUGUCAUGAUCGAGGAGGACAGCACCGACAGCAGCAGCAACAAGAAGGACGACGGCCGACAAUUCCUGCACGAAUGGGCUGCCACAACCCCGACGGCCAUCCCGGCCUGCUUCCAGUCGUUCAACUCGUGCGUGACGCAGACGGGCAACUGCAGCAGCCACGGCGUGUGCGUGGACAAGUACGCCUACAACAGCGGCGGUGUGGCCAAGGCAGACGGCGCGGCGUCGUGCUUUGUCUGCCACUGCUACUCGACGCUGAACCGGCCCGAGACCGAGGCUGGCGGCCUCAGCACGACGCAGUGGGCCGGAAACAUGUGCCACAAGAAGGACAUCAGCGCGCCGUUCUGGCUGCUGACCGGCUUCUCUGUCACUAUGGUCGGUGUCGUCACCUUUUCCAUCGCCAUGCUCUUCAACGUCGGCGAGGAGAAGCUGCCGGGCGUCAUUGGCGCCGGCGUCAGCGUCGGCCGAUCAAAGUAG